CGGUGUCACUGCCGCUUCCUCGGCGGGCGAUUCGAAGGCGAUGCUGGGGACCGGUGCCUCGGCGGGCGAGCAGGACCCGCUGUCGCUGUGCCCGGCGCUCGAGCAGUCGCUGUCGCUGCUGGAGUCGGGCGCCAGCCAGGCGGAGCGGGAGCGGGAGCGGGACGAGGCGCCCAUGCCCAUGGUGUUCCUGUGCGCCGGCUGCCGGCGGCCCGUGGGCGACACGUCCAGCUGGGUGUCCAACGACGAGGCGAGCGGCUGCAUCCUGCUGCGCAGUGUGGCCGCCAGCGUCGCCGUGGACCCGGAGCGGAAGAUUUCCAACCUGCCCGGCGAGUGCGGAUGCUUAGUAGAAACCUUAUUCUGCUCUGGCUGCUCAAAGACCCUCGGCAGCAUCUACAGGUGCACCUCAAGGAGCCUGGACUACAAGAGAGAUUUGUUCUGUUUCACUAUUGACUCCAUUGAAAGCUAUAUCCUAGGCACCCCGGGAAAGCAAGCUGUCAUCCAUGAGCAACCACUCACUCUGGAAAGUCAAGCUGUCUUGGAAGAGGUGCUGGAAAGGGUGGGCAUGCUGCUCAAGGCUCUGGAGACAAGGCUGGGCACGGUGGAGUCGCGUGUGGCUGCCCUGCACAGGCAGGUCUGACAGGAG